AUGACAAUUGAAGGAAGAGUUGUAUUAAUUACUGGAGCUGCUGGAGGAAUUGGUCGGGUCUUGUGCAAAAUGUUUAGCGAACUAGGAGACCGAGUAGCAGGAAUCGAUGUUGUAGAACCAUUAAAAAUUCAUGGUACUGCAAUUACUUUGCAGGCAGAUGUUACCAACUCCGAGCAAAUAGAACAUUCCAUUGAAAAGGUCAUUCAAACACUAGGUCCAAUUGAUGUCUUGAUAAACAACGCUGGGGCCGCCGAUGACACACCAUUUGAAAAACUCACUCAUGAAUCUUGGGAUCACGAUGUUCAACUAGUACUUAGAGGUAAUUAUCUUACUCAACGGUACAUUAUUCCUCAUAUGGUAAAACAAGGAAAAGGUGGCAGUAUCGUUAAUAUUGGUUCCGUAAAUGGACAUACUUACCUUGGCUCUCCAGCUUAUAGCGCUGCUAAGGCUGGUUUAGAAAAUCUCACUAAAGCUUUGGCAGUUCGGUAUGGCCCAUUGGGAAUCCGAGUAAACGUAUGCGCACCUGGAACAGUUUGGAGUCCAGCUUGGGAUGAGCGUGUCAAAAAGCAUCCCGACAUUAAUGAGAGAAUGAAAAGAUGGUACCCUGUGGGAAGAUUAGGAACUCCUGAGGAUGUAUCACGUGCAGUCAUUUUCUUGGCCGAUUCAAAAAAUUCCUUCAUUACUGGUACAACUCUGUAUGUUGAUGGCGGCCUACUUGCUGGUAAUCCAUGUUUGAUUGAAGAUAUCUAUUCCGAAAACAACGACUUUUCUAUAUAA